AUGGAGACUACGGGGAAGGAGAACCACACCAUGGUAACAGAAUUCAUCCUGCUGGGGUUUGGGAGUGGUCCUGCGACUCAGGUGCUGCCCUUUGUGGUGUUCCUUGUGUUUUACACGGCCAUCGUGCUAAGGAACACUAUCAUGAUUCUCAUCAUUCGAAUCGACCCUCAUCUUCACACCCCCAUGUAUUUCUUCCUCAUGAACCUGUUGCUCCUAGACCUCUGCUAUUCCUCAGCCAUUGCCCCCAAAGCCAUGGUCACCUUCCUACAAGGCAGCAAAACCAUUUCCUACAAUGGAUGUGGUACUCAGUUGUUCUUUUUUGCUCUCUUUGUCACCACAGAAGCCUUCAUCCUGAGAUCAAUGGCAUAUGAUCGAUACAUAGCCAUCUGCAAUCCACUCCUCUAUUCUGUCACCAUGUUCAAAAGGGUCUGCAUUCAGCUCAUUGUGGUCUCCUAUAUCUGUGGUGGCAGGAAGUCAGCUGGGGUCACAGGAUCCUAG